AAACCACAGGACACCAGCACAGGCCUCUUCCCACCACCGCUCCCCCCACCCCUGCCACCAUCUUCUGCCCUUUCCCUCCAGCACAAAGUAGCCGUUGUGCCCUCCCCUUGUCCAUGGUCUCCCACCCUUUGGACAGCCUUUUGGACAGCAUGUGCGCAAGGCAGGAGCCAAGCGAGCAGGAGAAGGCGUCUCUCAUGUGCAGCCUGCUGCGCCAGUCUCCUCCGGGGGAGCUUGGCUACAUUGUCCACGAUCUCUGUGUCCUUAUCCAGGAUGACAAGCUGGUGAGGCAGGAGGCUGCCUGCGUGGCAGCCUGUCACAACAAGAACAACUUCAUCCCCAUCCAAAUCAACGGGCACACUGUCCUACUGACCCACUACAAUGACUUAGGGGGAAACCGCUUCUUUGACCCUGAGAACAAAUUCUCUUUUGAGUUCGACCACCUGCGGGGGGCAACCAGCAAACCCCAGGUGCAUGGUGUGAUGCUGGAUAAGGGGGAACUGUGGCGAAUUGCCCUCCACAAGGGCUUGAAGGCUUACGUGAGCUGCCACUUCCCUGCAGGGAACUGCUGUGUGUUCAAAAAAAGCCUGGGGAAGAGGCAGAUGUACGUCGCCUGCAUUGAGGCUCAGCAGUAUCAGCCUUCGAAUCCCUGGAACUGCCUUUGGAAGUCAGACUGGACUUUUGCCCUGACUCCGUUUACCACUGAGGUUACAGGGAUCUUUCUCCUCCAGAUACACUACUUCAAAGAUGCCAACUUCCACAUAAGUGUCAGCAAGUCUGUGAGUGAGACUCUAAACAUGAUUGACCAAAGCCAGUUUGCCACAGAUUUUGUGAAAUUUGUGAAAGCUGAGGACGACAAGUUUCAUGUUGCCAUUCUGGAAAACAUUCAGGCUUUGUCAGAGGAUAUAUGGGAGAAAAAUCUGCGAAGGAAACUCCCUGUUACUCGCACUUUUAUGAACUGGAAUGAGCUAUUGAAUGAUCAGCAUCUGAACACCAGUGUCUCCAAUACAGAAGUGCUUCCAUGCUUACUGAAACAUACUAUUUGAAACGGUGGCCUAAAAGAAAAAAAAAAGUAAAAAAAAAAACAACAAAAUGAGGGUAUUAAGUUGAUUUAUUUCUGGAUUACUCAGGAGAGUGUAGAAACUGUCAUCAGUCAAUCACCAAUUUGAAAAUAAUUCCCAUCUGUCAUGACUGAAGAUAAUUUGCCGUAUUUUUUUUUCUUUCAUGUACUUUUCAUGUGCUUCUGGAAGUGCUAGUAAUGGUCAAAAUGCUAAAGGCAGUACAGUGUUAGAGGUGGGCCAUCAAGUGAACUCUUAAUUCCCUUUGUAAUUUUACACAGUAUUCUAUUUACUUACAUAACUUCACACUAUGUGUAGCAUUGGUUAUAAAGAAAUCAGUAAGGUAGGGUGGCAAAGAUAUUGAGGCAUUAUUUCUAGAUUUUUUCUUUGAUAGUGAAACCCAGGAAAUUCAGUCUUCAGGCUUUGCUUGUGCAUACGCCUCUGUAUGCACAAGAAACAUUUCUAACAUAGUCACAUGAACAAAGCAAAAUCAGUACACAGAAGGAGCAAACUUCCUAUAACUAGUGCAGAAGAUAUUUCAGGAAUGACGAGGGAUGCAUGCUGGGUGUUACAGCAUUACAAAAUAAAGUAAUGCCAUUUACUUUCUCUCAGUGUUUAUUACAAAAGUCAAAGGAAUGUACAUAUGUUUGUUCUACUUUCAAACUAUGACAGUGAUGCAUUGCUAACAUGUUUAUUACAAUAAACGAAGUACCUGCCGCACUUGCUGUUUUCUGCAAACAUACCUUUAAAUUAGAGUUUUAUUAGAGACAAAGUUUAAUUUCAAGCAGUGAUGUAAACAAUUAACUUUAAAAAUAUUGACGUGAACAUUUACACAUUAUUCUUACAAAUAUUAGAUUUAUUAAUGUAAGCAUAAGAUUUUGCUUUUGUUCAUCACACCCACGUUGAACAUGCCCUUUUGUAAGUUCUGAUCAGUGGCUUUAUAGCUUCAGUGCUCAGACUUGACAUGAUUGCUUUCAUGGUCUUUGUUUAAAAAUGUAGUGAAGAACUAUACCUGCUUAUGGUUUUGAGGAUAACCAUCGUUGUCUGAAAAUACCAUCUUCAGAUUACUAUUCUGAAGUCAAAUGAAGAUUUUGCAUCCAUACUCAUAUCUGAUUUAGGAGGUUUCUUACUCUAUAUACCUGAAUAUGAUAAUUAAUUAUCCAGAGGAACCAAUGACAAAAAGAUGUCUCAUAUGAUCAUAUGAAAAACAUCAUUCUACAUAAUUUUAUAUUGUUGAUGACAAAGUCAUAUGCCCAAUUUUUAUUUAUGAGCAGACUAAUUUACAAAGCCUAAUUGCAUAAGACAAGGUUGUAGUGUUGCCAAUAUUGGAAUGAAACUGAAAUAAAUGAAAUAAUUCCUUUGAUAUGUCGUGAAUUUCAGAUUGGCAUUGACUAGAACACACUUUUCAUCCGAUAGUUCAUCUCUAUGGUCACUCAGCACAAAGAUUCUGGGAGUGUUGCGCUAAUUUAUGUACAGAAAGGCACUCAUCAUGCAGGG